AAAAAAAUAUAAGACAUUAAUAAUAUAAUAUCCCCGCAUUGCAUGCAAAACCACUUAAACCAAACUACAAUAAGCAACUUCCAAUUCCAAAUUGAAACAUAGAGAGAGACAAAAAAAUAAAUAAAUUAAGAUUUAGAUAGAGAAAUCUAGUAGAAAUAAAUAAAUAAAUAACUUAUAUAUCAUCGUGAAAUCACUAUUAUUACACAUUAUAUUUAUAUCAUAAUUAUGAAGUUUUUUGAUGAAUUAUCAUCGUGUUGUGGCUGUUUUUCAAAUCGCGCUCGUCGCACUAGAGAGGAGGAAGAAAACCUUGUACCUGUAGCUGUUGAAGCAUCCUCUAAUAUUAACAAUAUUAUUACGUAUAAAAGAAGGUCAAGAAGGAGACGAGGUUCAGUAAGAUCUGCAUGGAAACCAUCGCUUUUUUCUAUAUCGGAAGAUGAAGUUCAUGCAUUGCCCCCAUCGACGAAGAAGGAUUCGCGCCGGAAUAAACUCAGGUUUUCCAGGAUAACAUGUCUUGCUUCAAUGGUUCCAGCACCUUUCAUGAUGUGAUAUUUGGAAUAAUUAAUCCACCUAUGCUCCCUUUUUUCUUAUUGUAAAAAAAAAUUAAAAAAAAUUAUUAGAAUUCUUUGUAUAUUAUGUUGUAAUUUUUUUUUUAUUUUCAUUUUCAUUUUCA